UUGUUUUGCUUGCCAGGCCUGUGCCGCCAGGCCUUUGCCUUCACCUGAAUUUGCACCAGAUCCUUCACUCAACCAUUCCGUGGGCAGUGUAAAUCAGUGUUUGCCGUGCUCAAUCUACAAUCAAACAAGGUGUUGGGCCGUUGUUUGCCGAAAAGAAAGAAGGAACGACAAAAAAAAACGGGAACACAGGCGAGCAAACCCUCACAAGCCUCCAAAUCUCGGCCCGAUGGCUGUCAGUGCCGCUGUCACUGCUGGUGUCGCCAGCGCUGGGGCGUUGGGUGUUUUUUGAAAAGCGAAACGGUAGGUGCUGGCGGUGGACGAAGGUCUCCACGGCCACCGACUCUCGCGGGCCCCCAUACGAAACAGAAGCUGAAGGGCUACAGGUAGUGAGUGCACUGUUUGCCGUGCGCAUUCUCCCCUACACCCGUGUUUGUGUGUGUGUGUGUGUGUUUGUGUGCCGUGUGUGGUCGCUCCCCCCCAUACCGUGUGUGUGUGUGUGUGCACGCGCGGAAUAGUUGACCGUUUUCGCUCGUUUGGUCUCGUUAAGGGCGGCUCUGUUGUGUGUUGGUGGCCUCCCGCUUUGUGGCGCGUUGUCUGUUGUUCUCGGGCCAAGAGCGAAAGUUGCAGCGCCCCAAGCGUCUCCGGAGCGAUUCGUGAAGACACCUCCCCUCCCUCUCCCCUACCCCCUCUCCCAGUGUGCGUGUGUGGCCAGGUUUGGCUUUUCUUAACCCGCUCCCCCCAUCCCCCGAUUCGGAAUUGUUAUCUCUAAUUCCGCAACGAAAAACCCCACCCCAGCGCCCCGGGAACAUGUGUGUUUUGUGUUUGGUGGUUCGGUAGAGUGCGCGCGUGUGUGUGUGUGUGUACGCUUCCACUUUCUUCCUCUCAACCUGUUCAAUCGCAUCCCGCCCGUUUGUGGGGCUUUCCGCCCAUAAUUGAAACCAACCAUCACCCCGUGACAAAGGGUGUGCGGGGGGGUGGUCGGAACGGAUCACAAGUGACCGCGGGCGCCCGCACGCGCGCCAGCGUGUGUGUGUGUGUGUGUGUGUGAGUGUGGAGGGAAGAAACAGAGAAGGCAGGCAGGGAGAGGCAAAGCGAGCGGUAAUCAUUUGUUGCUUCAACACUACAAUCAACCACCUCCCCCGUGUGGCACCGCAACGCAAAACGACAAGGUCUCCGUCGCUCGCUCGCUCUCGCUCUCGCUCUCUCCUCUGUCUCUCGCACUGCAUUACCGCCGAGGACUUGUCUUGUCCCCUCCUUGCCGAGGAAGGUGUUUCGAUGAAGAGCAAAACAUUAGCGCCACACAAACGUCCCGCCGCCAUCGACCAACCCAAUCAGCCGACGGUUCAAGCAGCCGCAGCAGCUGCUGUAGCAGGAGGACGAGGAGGAGCAGGAGUAGGAGCGGCAACCCGGUGCGACCGCACGCAGCCGUGGCCACUGGUUGGUGUGGCGCCGCACGGGAGCCACAAGACGAUUUUUUGAGCGUAUUAUCGAUUAAAAGCUACAUCCAGCACUGAACGAGUCACAUUCAAACUCCCCCCCUCCCUUUGCCCUGCGCUGUUGCUUAUCUGUUGCAUCAUGAUAGCGGAAUUGGGUCCGGACCAACGCGGGCGAAACACACUGCUCCAGCAGCGACACCAGCAGCGACCAACGUGGACCAUAUCCUGCGACCCGGUGGCACUGUAGAGGAGCCGUGCCGUGUGAUCCGGAGAUAAAGCAGCACAAAGAACACAAAAAACGAAUUCCCAACCUCGGUCGAUCAGCCUUGAGCGCCGCUCCAUUCAAACAUUUACCAACAAGGAUAAAGCUUCGCCGCACCAACGAUCAGCCAUAAUGUCGGAUACGGCCUCCAACUAUCGUACGUCGACCUCGUUCACGACCAUGCCACCGGUGCUGACGGAAAGCCAGAAGGGCUCGGUGGAGGACAUCCAGAUCUCGCUCGCACCGUACAUCCAGUCCUAUCUGAGCCAAACCGGGCGACGCCACUCGUGCUGCAGCGUGAUGCUGCCGGUCGCGUUCGAGCGGGCCGCCCCCCGGUCCUGGUGCGAUCCGCGCUUCGACUCGCCGGUGCUCGAGGGCCAGUACCAGGCGAGCGUGUUUCCCCAGCUGCGCCUCAAGUUUCGCUUCGCGCUCUUCUACAUCCUGCUCUGCUCGCUCGUGUGGCUGCUCUACUUCUUGUUCGACGGGGGCCCGACCAGCUUCACCCUGCUGACCGUGUCGAUCGGGCUGAUCUUUCUGUUCGCGCUCGCCGGCCUGUGGGUGACGCGCACCGACCUGUACCGGGCCCACACGCACCUGCUCUCCUCCUGCUGCGCCGUGCUGCUCUGCCUGUUUUCCCUCUGCCUGCUGCUGCUGACGCGCGAAGCGCUCAGCCCGCUCGGCCACUUUUCCAUCUGCAUCGAGAUCGUGAUGCUGAUCUACACCAUCAUCCCGCUGCCGCUGUGGCUCUGCUGCACCAUCACCAUGGCGUACUCGGUCUGCUUCGAGGUGCUCUCGUUUCUGCACCAGACGCACUACGACUACAACUCGCGGCCGGGCGACCAUCCGACCGUGUCGCCGCUCGCCGCCGGCAUCACCACCGCCGCCCGGCUGCUCGCCGAGGAGGUGGCGGUCGCCGGGUCCGACCAGCGGCAGCAGCAGCACCACCAGCACCACCACCACCACCAGACGGGCGACUCGUUCGUGUACAAGAUCGUGCUGAUCCGGGUGCUGAUCCAGCUGUGCGUGCACCUGAUCGGCAUCCAGAUACUGAUCAUGACGGUGGUGCGGAUGCGCGGCACGUUCAUGAAGGUCGGCCAGAACCUGCUCGUCCGCCGGCAGCUCGAGAUGGAGAAGCAGCUGAAGGAGAAGAUGAUCCACUCGAUGAUGCCGCCGAAGGUGGCCGAUCUGCUGCUGAAGGAGAGCGGCAGCGUGCCGAAGGGCACGAGCUUCGACCAGUAUCCGGCGCCGGGCGGGCGCCGCACGACCCCGUCCGACCUCAAGUCGCUGUUCCGCCCGUUCCACAUGAACCGGAUGGAGAACGUGAGCAUACUGUUCGCGGACAUUGUCGGCUUUACGCGCAUGUCGUCGACCAAGACGGCCGAGCAGCUGGUCGAGAUACUGAACGAUCUGUUCGAGCGGUUCGACGACCUGUGCCUGGUGAACGGGUGCGAGAAGAUAUCGACGCUCGGCGACUGCUACUACUGCGUGUCGGGGUGCCCCGAGCCCCGCCCGGACCAUGCGAUCUGCUGCGUCGAGAUGGGGCUCGGCAUGAUCGAGUCGAUACGGGUGUUCGAUGCGCAGCGAAACGAGGGCAUCAAGAUGCGGGUCGGUGUGCAUACGGGCACGGUACUGUGCGGGAUCGUCGGCACCAAGCGGGUCAAGUUCGACGUGUGGAGCAACGACGUCACGCUUGCUAACCGCAUGGAGUCGAGCGGGAAACCGGACCAGGUGCACGUGUCGGAGGAAACUUGCGGCUUCCUGGGCGAUUCCUACAUCAUCGAAGAGGGCGAGGAGGUGGACGGCCACCGGACGUACUUCGUGCUCGGCAAACGGCUGGACCUGGUCGGCUCGAUCACCGAGGGGCUGUCCAGCAUCGGGCUGCCGGUCGACCUGAACCUGCUCGGCGCGUCGUCCCCGUCGCCGCUGGACGAGCUGCGCGACUACGCGACCAGCGAGGAGCACCCGGAAAGCUCGUGCCUGUCGCGCAGCGCCACCAACCUGUCCAGCAUCCAGCCGGCCGUCCCGCCCGCCUCCCCGGCCGGGCCCGUCUUUUUCUCCUCGCUGCACGCGUCCCCCGUCUCGACGCCGCGGCCCCGCAUCGCGUCCCUCACCAAGAUGACCAAGUUCCUGCGGUCGGCCGUCAGCAAGGGGGACGGCGGCGGGCGGCUGCUGAACGCGGGGCGCACCCCGCCCGCCCCGCCGCCGGUGGUCGAGAAGCCGAAAAUCAUCAUCAGCACCAAAUCGAUCUCAAACGGUUUCGAUUCCGACGACGACGAUGACGACGGUGGCGAUGGCGGUGGCUGCAACGAGGAUGACGAGCUGGUGCGAAUGGGUGGUGGGGCGGGUCGUGGCAGGGCGCGAUCACCGGCCAGCCCGCGCCAAUCGAUGACGCAGGAGGCGCCACCGCCCACGACGCUGGCGAUGCUCAACGAGCGAAGAAAGCAGGAGGGAGGUGGUGAGGCGGGCGCGGCGCAGCGCAAGCCACCGGGCAGGGUGCUGAAGGUGGGCGCGCCCGAACCGGACUGCGGCAGAAUCUGUGAUAGUAGCAAGAGCUGUGACGACGAUGUGCCAUGUAUAGAGCGGAUGGGCAGCAGCAGCAGCAAUAGCGCCAGCAAUAACCAGAACAUCACCAACGGGUGCUACCAGCACGUGCCGAUCGUGAUCGUGACGCCGCGCCCGAGCUGCCACACGCUCGACGUCGCCAACGGCGGUACCGCCCCGCCCGCAUCCAGCGCACCGACCGCGAGCAGCAGCUGCAGCGCGGGGCGGUCCCGUGACUGUGGCAAGGGACCAACGGUGGGGGAGAAUCCGCACGCCAGCCAAGGCUCCGUGUUUGACGAGAUCAUCGACGUGCGGUCGUACAUUUCGCAGUCGCGCAGCGACAUUUCGCCGUUCGCCCGCACCGGCAGCUACCGCUCCCAGGCGGACCGUUCGUCCAUCAUCCACGAGAUCGCGCUGUCGGCGGGUGCGCCCGGGGGCAGCAACAGUGGCACGUUCGGGCGACCCCGCAGCUCCACCAUCACCACCACGCACCAUCAUACGUGCAGCGAGGCGCACCAGCACGUCCGGCACGGUUCGGUCGUGGUGUGCCCGAGCUCCUCGCGGCUCCUCGGGGCGGACGGCGCGAGCCUCUCCCCAUCGGCGACGUCCCGCAAGGACUCGGGCAUCCGGUCGAACAGCCGGCGGUCCAGCAUCCAGCACCAGCUCAUGCUCAUGAGCCAAACGGUGGCGCUGUCGGUGCAUCGCGUCUCCGGCUACUUCACCAGCUCCCAGUCCAGCCUGUCCGGUGCGAUCGUGACGUCGGCGGCGGGUGUUCCGCCCGCCCACAAACCGAACGGCAGUAUGCGCCCCGGAGCUAUCGGCACUGCUGCCAACAGCGGCGGCGCCGCAGCCGCCGCUCCCGGCUCUCGGUGUUGCAUGGGGUUGAAAGAGCCCCAUCCGGACCCGCUGGCCGCCUGCCUCCAGCAGCUGCGCAAGCAGUCCGACCUGCAGCUGAUCCGCUGCGUGCGCGACAAUGCCCGCUCCCAGCGCAGCUACCUGGUGAAGCCGCCGCUUCUGCCCAUCUCGCUGCGCUUCAAAUCGCGCCCGAUGGAGCAGGAGUUCCGGUCGAAGGCGCACCGGUUCGGCAGCGAGGGCGGCGACCUGCUCGAGGGCGGCAGCCCGCCCACGCUCGCCACCCCGAAGUACAACACCUACAUCGACAUGCUCGUGUCGUUCGUCGUCUACCUGGCGACCUCGACCUCGCUCUUUCUGCUCUCGCCCUCGGUCUAUCUCGAGUCGUACAAGGUGUGGGUGUGCAUCUUCGUCUUCUUCAGCACGGUGCAGCUGUUCGCGCUGUUCAUCUGCACCAAGCAGGUGUGCCGGCGGACGCGCAAACCGACGGUGCGGCGGUCGCGCCCGGUCGCCACCCGCAGCUGCUACGACUGCCUGCUGCAGCUCGCCUCCGCCUGGUACCCGUGGCACAUCUGCGGCGGCAUCCUGAUGUCCCUGCCGGUCAUCUCGAUCCUGUCCAACUUUGCGAUGAUGGACGUGACCAAGUUCCGGGUGUUUGAGUUCCACUACGGCUUCCUGAUGUACAUCUGCAUCGUGCACUUCUGCAACUUUACGCAGCUGAACUGGUGGAUGCGCAACGCGAUGGCGUGCAUCACGUCCGCCGCCUUUGUCGGCAUUGCCGUCGGCCAUAUGGUGGAGCUGCAGGCACUGGAGGUGGCCACGGCGGCGGCGGCCGCGGCGGCGACACUCGGUGCGAACGGGACGGCACUGCUCGCUGCGGGCGGCGGCGACGGCGGCAAUGAAAUGCUCCAUCGCGCACAGUUCGAUUGGUUCAACAACUACCGGGUGGAGAUUUACGUCGAUCUGCUGCUGCUGCUCGUGCUCGUCUGGUUCCUCAACCGGGAGUUCGAGAUCGGCUACCGGCUCAGCUUUCACGGCAGCGCGGUGGCCAACCAGGACAAGAUCCGGGUGCAGAACAUGAAGAACCAGGCGGACAUGCUGCUGCACAACAUCAUCCCGAAGCACGUGGCGGAGCAGCUGAAGAACACGGCCAAGUACUCGGAGAACCACCACAACAUCGGCAUCAUCUUCGCGAGCAUCGUCAACUUCAACGAGAUGUACGACGAAUCGUACCUCGGCGGCAAGGAGUAUCUGCGCGUGCUGAACGAGCUGAUCGGCGACUUCGACGAGCUGCUGGCCCGGCCCGAGUUCCGCUGCGUGGAGAAGAUCAAAACGAUCGGCAGCACGUUCAUGGCGGCGUCCGGGCUCGAUCCGAGCAGCCGCGGGGAAACGUACGAGCAUCUGUACACGCUGCUCGACUUUGCACUGGCCAUGCAGCAGGUGGUGGAGUCGUUCAACCGCGACCUGCUCGAGUUUAACCUGAUCAUGCGCGUCGGCUACAACUUUGGCGACGUGACGGCGGGCGUGAUCGGCACGAGCAAGCUGUACUACGACAUCUGGGGCGACGCGGUGAACGUGGCGAGCCGGAUGGACUCGACCGGCGUGGCGGGCCGGGUGCAGGUCGGUGCCGACUGCAUACCGGUGCUCGGCGAGCGGUACGACUUCGAGCCGCGGGGGAAGGUGUACGUGAAGGGCAAGGACCAUAUGGAAGUGUACCUGCUGGUUGGCAAGAAACCGGACCUACUGGGACCACCAGAACUAGAUAUAGAUCCCGUCUGAGCACAAUGGCGCCAUCGCUUUUUUAUUAGUCAUUUACAUACCAUUCGCGCGGGGAGAGUGCUGGCGAAUGGCAAGGGGACGCGAUGUGUCUGGUACAUCGAAACGAUAUUGUUUUGUUUUUAAUUGCGCGAGCGCAAACAGCCGCGGAAAGCAACCGAAAUAGCUAAGUAGGCAAAGGAUAAUAGCUAAAACGAAAUUGAAGGUACAACCGCAUCAACGCAAACGGGUGCGCAAAAGCAAACUCCUCUAGGCUAGGUCGAGUAAGCGAUGUCCAGUGUAGGGCGAACGGUGUAGGUAAGAAACCGCUGAUCAUUAAUCUCUACGGUCUCGAAAGGACAGUGGCGAAACGAAGUACGGACAACGGUGGGACGAGUACUGCACUGCACUAAUGUAAACGGAUGCACAAGCUACAAGCACGAAGGGUGUACACGCGCGCGAUUACGAUGACGCGACGAGUUUGACAAGAACUUUACGAGUUCGCUACAACGUAUAGGACGAGCCGCACGGCAAUAUAAGAGAGGCGGUGGCGUAGACAUUUUGUCCAUAACAAUGGCUCCUCGUCCAUUGAAGACUCAAGAGGAAGCUCUACGAAAUGGUUUCUCAAUGCAGCUGACCAAUCAUCUACGCCGACUAUCCUCCAUCCUUUAUAAAAAGUACACAGUGGUACGUCACGAGGACAUUGCGUUUAACCCUGCCUACAACCACACCUGCAUUCCUUCUUGUUAUGUGUGUGUGUGUCUGUCUGUCUGUGUCGCUUCCUGGGUGUGCCUGCAAACGAACAAAAGGAAUUAGUAGUGCAGCGCUUGCAUAUGUUACUUGUGUCACUGUCGCGAUCUUUGUCGUGCUGUCAGCUGACAGUUACACUAUCUGUGUUAGUUCCACUAUCUGUCACUAAAGUAGAGAAGCGCUUCGAUACCACUGCGAUGCAGGAUGUCUGUUUUUGUUUUGUUAUUUGCCACGGAUUUGCUAGUAAUGAAGGUAGACAGAGCGAACAUCUCCUGACAGAUGAUAGAAGCGUCUGGGGAUAGUAAACAAAACGCGCCAAGCAACAACAACAGGAAAACAUAACUGGUAACACUAAAACAACAGCAACCCAAGGAUACUACGUACGUGCCUUCUCUCUUUGGACUAAUUAUACUUUAACUUACUUCCCUGCGCUGUGUUGGGGCGGGCGUGUGUUUGCUGCGUACGCGCACGAACCCAACUUUUUCUAGUCCCUUUUGCGGAAAAAAGGGGGAAGAUGAUUGUGCAUUAGGAUGGAUUUCAUACGGGAAAAAGGCUCCAUAGGGAGAAGAACAAAUCAAAGGAAAAAAAGGAAGAAAACACAAACAAAAGUGCGAAUCUUGCUCUGUAACACAGGUUAAAUUUAAACGUUUUUUUUGCAAUAUUUAGUUUAAGAAUCGAUUUCUCGAUAUUAUAGCGUCGCUGGAAGCGCGAGCGAUAGGAAAAAAUGAAAUGGACAGGGGAGGGGGGGGAACCGGUGGCCCAAAAAGGGCAAAAGUAGAGGUCGACUCUGCGCCUUUCGCCGCCGGUCCCGGACGUGCCAACCGGUGUUGUACAUAGUUUCGUUGCGUUUAAUCGUUUUUGCUUAGUAAUUUAUGAGCUCCCCGGGCCGGGAUUAUUUUAAACUGGCGGGUGGCAAAUGGAUAUUAGUCGAGUUGGACGUGUGUGUGUGCGCACCGCCACUGUUGAACCGUUUUUUACUCGUCGCCUGUAAAGAUUUCAAUCUAUUCUAUUCUUGCCAAAAUGAACGAUGACGGUGGUAGUAGCUGGGUAAGGCUUCGUACGUGCGUUUUUUGUUUGUGUUUUAACCAUUAAAUGCCAUUGCUGUUACGUAUAUACGCUACAAACAACAUAGAUAUACACCACACUAAACGUUUAAAAAUA